AUGAACAGAACUGAUUAUAUUGCUGAAGUCAACAGACAGCUGAAUAAUACUGCUUACUACAAAAAACUUGAUCAUAACCCUGUUGAACAGUUUUCAAAAGAUGUUACUGAUGUUUUAGAUGUUAUUUGUAGGAAUGUUAAUGGUGAUUCUAAUGAUACUUUAGUUGUACCUAGUGAUGCCAGAACGCCACAGUUUUACAUCUUGCCCAAAAUUCAUAAAGAUAUUAACUCAGAACUACCACUUGGUUACCCGGGACGGCCAAUUGUAUCUGGGUAUAACUCUGUUACUGAAGGCAUAUCUGAAUACAUUGAUAAUAUCUUGAAGCCACACAUGGAAGCCCUGCCCUCAUAUGUUAAAGACUCUACUGACUUCAUUAAAAAGCUAGGGUCUAUGCCUAAUAUCUCCCCUAAUGCAUUUUUGGUUACUAUGGAAGUUUCAUCCUUAUACACUAAUAUUCCGCAUGAUGACGGGAUAGAGGCUUGCCGUGAAUAUUUGGACAAAGCUCAUUCAUACUUGUCACAUCAGACUAGUGACGACAAAUAA